CCGUCCACAGGUGCACCAGCCGUGAUGCAGCAGCCACGAGUGGAGACGGAUAUCAUCGGGGCUGGCGAGGGGCCCCAGCGGGCAGUGCCCUGGUCAGCCUGGGUCAUCCGUCAGGACUGGGUGCGCUGGUGGGCAUGCCACAUACCUCGGAGCUGGACCCAGUGGUGGAAUACAUCAGGCUGGCGGCAACCACUACAGCGUAUGCUAUGGGGUCUGGAAGGGACACUCUACCUGCUGCUGGCACUGAUGCUAUGUCAUGCACUCUUCACCACGGGCUCCCACCUGCUGAGCUCCCUAUGGCCCGUGGUGGCUGUGAUGUGGAGCCACCUGCUGCCAGCUAUCCUGCUGCUUGUCCUCAGUGCCCUGCCUGCUCUGCUCUUCGCUGCCUCCUUCCUGCUACUCUUCUCCACACUGCUGAGCCUCGUGGGCCUCCUCACCUCCAUGACUCACCCAGGCUACACUCAGGACUUGGACCAAUAG